UUGGAUAGAUAGUGCAACUCUGCAGAGGUGCUGUGCUGCCCUAGCGUGCAAACAGCUAAAAGGGUCACAUACCUUUUCUGCCCUUGCUAGUGCUCUCAACGAUAUACAUGUGGAGUACAACAUCCGCGAUAAAAUUGUUUGCACAACAACUGACAAUGGUUCAAAUUUUAUAAAGGCCUUUAGAGUCUUUGGUGAGCUGGAUGAAAAUAACAAUCCAGAUACUGCACUUCAGGGUGCGAGGGCAAGUACGGGAGAAGGAGAGAGGAAGAAGAAGAAGAGGGGGGAGAUAUCACAGGUGUUGAGUUUGUUGAAGCCAAGAAAAUAUUGGAUGAAGAUAAUGGCUUGGAAUACCAGCUGCCAAAGCACCAACGUUGUGCAUAACACCUUCUCAACCUGAUCUCCACUGCUGAUGCCUUGAAAGCAAAUGGAAAUCCAGUGUACAAGCGGCUGUCUCGUUCAGCAUUCUCCAAGUGUUCAAGUCUGUGGAGCAAAAGCUCAAGAUCUACCACAGCUGCUGAAAUCAUAGAGGAUAACUGCAAACUUCAGCUCCUGAGGCCCAAUGAGACACGGUGGAACUCCCUCUUCUUUGCCGUUGAGAGGAUUGUGAGAAUCCUAAAGGAACAAGGAGAAGGAGCAAUUACAGCUAUCUGCAGCGCGCUAAAGAUUCCUAUGUUCACUCCUGUUGAGCUUGCUUUUUUGGCAGAGUAUACCAAGACCAUGAGCCCAUUUGCAAAAGCGCUUGAUGUUCUCCAGGGAGAGGCCAAUGUGCAGAUGGGAUGGUUGGUACCUACAAUAACACUACUCCAGGCGAAGCUCCAGCACCUCUGCAUUUCCUCCAAGUCCUGUAGGCCUUUGAUUGAAGCAGUUCUAGCAGGCCUUGAAAAACGUUUUGGACAGAUGCUCACAGAUCCAGAGCUAAUUGCCGCUGCCAUUCUCGUCCCCAAAUUCAAGACCUGCUGGACAAGUGAUGAAUGUGUCCUAAAACUGGGCCUUGACUACAUCAAAAGUCACCUGAAGGAACAAGUUGUGGUGAAUGAAGGAGGUGAUAUCUACCAUUCUUCGGAGGAGGAGGACUUUUUUUCAGCAAUCAAGCAGUCCAGUUCCCAAGAAAAUACCAAACAGCUGGAGACCUACCUGGGGUGCCCAGGUGAUACAACGGAUGUACUGAAGUCUUUCCCGGCAGUAUGCCGCCUGUCAUUGAGGCUUAACACGGCACUACCUGCCUCCGCUGCCUGCGAGAGACUGUUCAGCACUGCAGGGCUGAUUUUUACACCAAAAAGGGCACGUGUUGAUUCCAAGAACUUUGAAAAUCAGCUUCUUUUGAAGCUAAACAAAGGUUUUUGGUAGUAUUGGAUUCUCUCUCUGUAUCAUGCGAACACGCAUUCACACUGAUAUUCAUGUGUACAUACACACACACACACACACACACACACACACACACACACACACACACACACACACACACACACACACACAGUACAUUGAUGCUAAAAAGGUUCUGGUUGUUAUGUUAAUUAUGCCUUGGAAGUUAUUACACAGGUUUUGAAGGGUCUUAGGGUUUCACCCAACAUCAAGCACACACAGACUUUGAGGUAUACAUGUGAUCACUUGCGGUCUCUCUCUCCCUGUCCCUGAGAUUUGCCUUAAUCGCUGAGCUCCUGCUCUCCAUGGGAAAGCCUUUUUGCUCAAGACUUUUCACCAGUGUGACUUUAUGUGAUUUUAUAAAGAAAAGUGUAUCAUAUUUGUGUGUAAAUAUACUGUAUCUAAAAACAAGUUUUUUCACUCACUCGCUGUCCUACACACAAUAAUGUUAUGACACGUUAAGCAUUACAGAUGGUGUGUAUAUCUGUUCUGUACACAAUUAUGUUAUAACACGUUACACUAUACAGAAGGUCUGUAUACCCUAGUUGCUCCCAAGUUCUUUAAGGGAUUCAGGAAAAAUCCAUGCACAUCUACAGAUUUGAA